AUGGGUCGUUUUCAGCCGGUGCUCCCUUAUUUGAAUAACAAUAUAAGUAGACGACGCGGACGAACAUGGCAAAUUCUUGGCCUGAUUGUUUUACUUUUUCUCGGCUUAACAUUCAUUGCUGUGAGAUAUUUACCCAAUGUUGUUAUCGAUCCUGUUGCUGUGCUUACAAAUCGUGAUUUCAAAGAUAUCUUCGUUCCGCCGAUACCUCGUCCACCUGUGAAUUGGCCGAAUCAAGAUCAUGAUCAUGCUCAACAUUUAGUCGGCGAUCAAUCACGAUUAAAGAGCAAGAUUCAACAUGAGAAGGACAGCUUUCUUAACUUAGAUGAACCUAGGAAUGUCGGCAAAGUCCCUGUUCAAAAUGCUUCGUCAUCGCAACAAGCUUUACCUGUUGAAAAAUUAACUGCGACGUUCAGUCAUAUGUCGAUUGAUGAAUUACAAAAAGUUCAAUCGGCACAAAUGCGUCGAGAAAAAGUUCGAGAGGUAGAUAAAUACGAAUACCAUUCAGCUUCCAAAGGCGGACGAUCUGGCGGAUAUGGUCCACCAGCAUUACCAGGCACCCCACCAUCACCUUACCUUUCACCUGCUGCUCCAUACUAUGAUGGUUUUGGUCAAGUUGCUCAACAAGGCAAAAUGGCCAAAUUCGGCAAAUAUGGUACACCAAGUAAAAGUCUCUAUGCUGCUGAUCCCAUGCAACAAGCUAUGUUGCUACCACCACAAUCACCAGCAGCCAUCCAAGCUCAAGCAGCAGCAAUGAUGCAAAUGCAACAAUAUAUGCAAGGACAAGGUGCUGGCGCGCAAUUCGGCGGCAUUCUUCCACCUAUUCAAAUGCCAUUAGCUGCCGCUCAACAAGCUGGCCUAGUUCCACCUCAAGUUCAACCCUACUACGGCUAUGGCGGUCAACAAGUACCUGCACCUUAUUUCGAUCCUAAUAGUGCAGCGUUUCAACAACAAGGUGCUUUUGCUCCUUAUCAACAACCAAACUUUUACGAUCCAGCAGCCGCCGCUAUGUACGCUGGCCCAUAUGGUUACAUGCCUGCUGCUUAUUAG